GAGUACCGGUUUAAGCGGGAGGUUGAGCUCCAGCGGGCUCUCUUAGAGGCGCAUAGCAAAGCUGAGUUAGCCAAAAUUGAGCUAGAGGCCGAAGCGGACUCACUAGAUGAAGUCUGGGAACCAGUGGCCCUAAAUAAACGAUUAGCGGGGCAUUUCGAAUCGGGCCAUAUUGAGUCACCGCAGUACAAACAGCCUGAUGCACCUAGCGCAGCACGUAUUCCUUCCGAAACCUUCUUGCGUUACCAGUAUAUUGGUACUCAUGGGAUUCAGGGAGAAAUUCUACGCCAAGGCAGCAUUACACCUUUGAUUCGCUUGUGCAUUCCAGGUGAACGAAAGCAACCGAACGACAAAAACAAAUCCGAACCGGAAACGCGGGACAAAAGCCUCGGUUCUGUGUAUAAAUCCGUGAAGAUCGUAAAAACAUUCCAGGAUUCUGGAACAGCGACACUGUUUCCAUGCCCAAUUACGGUUUCCUUCCCUGAGUUGAAAUGUGCCUUUGGCUCUGUGGACCCUCAAGCACUAUGGCAAUAUUUGUGGAGCAAUGGUGCCCUCUUCAAUGCGCUGUACGCCAACUCAGGCGGAUGUAUGAAGGUCUACGGAAAGCUCUCGCCUGAGUUCAUAACAUCAGGCGGUGCCAUACAAGACCAUCCUCUUUCACCUUGCCUCUUCAACUUCGCCAUUGAUACUGUUAUGGAACACUCGCUACCAGCCUCUAAUGCCCGUGGAGUCAAAGUUCUCCCGGGGCGUCCGCUCAGAGAUAUCGAGUGGACAGAAGACAUAGCUCUUCUUGGAUCAGACGCCGUGGUAAUGCAAAUAACAUUAAAAAAUGUAACUAAUUCUGCCUUGCGGUUCGGCACGCGCUUUGCACCUGUGAAGUGUAAAGUGCUACUGCAAAAAGAACAUGGUCAACCACAACCUUUUGAGCCUGUCCCUUGGAAUGAAUUUUUCAAUAUCAGAGACGAUAUUGAACUCGAAGUCGGAACGUUCCGGAUUUAUCGAAGGGGUGUUGAAGGACCACUGCUGUUUUUUAUCCAUGGCGGUGGGUUUUCCGCACUGACCUGGGCAGUGUUAAGUGCGACUAUUACCGAGCAAGUAAAAUGCCAGUGUCUGGCGGUCGACAUGCGGGGUCACGGGGAUACGGUUUGUCAGAACGAUGAUGAUCUAUCGAUGGACACAUUGGCCAAAGAUGUGAUCAAAAUCAUAUUUGCCAUGUAUCCGACCGAAGCUCCUCCGAUUAUCCUUGUCGGUCACAGUAUGGGUGGAGCUGUUGCAGUACACGUGGCCCACAAACGUACCAUUCCAUCCCUUGCUGGUCUGGUUGUGAUCGACGUAGUUGAAGGUUCUGCUUUGAAUUCUCUUCAAGGUAUGACCACGUUUCUCAAAAGUCGACCACAGUUUUUCCAGUCUCUUUCCCACGCGAUCGAAUGGAGUGUGCGCAGCUGCCAGUUGCGUAACGUCCAGUCAGCCCGUGUUUCCUUCCCAGGCCAACUAAAGCGAAUCGCUACCGGCCAGACAGCCACAUGCGAAAUGGAACAGGGAAAGGCAUUGAUUUUCUCCUGCCCCAAGUUCUCACCCAACCCCUCGAUCACCAGUCUCCCACUCGAUUCGCCAAACCAGACAAACCCAACAGAUCGGCAACACCCGGAGCCGAUUGCUGAAACUGCCGAUGAUGAGGACAUCGAUGAGCAGCAAAACAACUCACCAGAACAACAGUGUGAUCAUGAAGCACAGCAAGUAAGACUGGUCCACUCUCCGGUUACUUUUGAAUCGUUGUUUUUUCGCAAAGUUAGCGAUUACUUGUUGAAUUCUAUGGUUGAUGAGUCCACAAAGCCCGAUGAACAUCUCGAAUUCCGUCGCGAAUCCCACAGUACUCACCUAACCGACGUUUCGUUCACCAGGUCACAUAACUCAGUGCAGGAAAUACCUCGAUGGGCACAAUAUACAUGGCGUAUUGACCUGAUGAAUACCCAACCAUUUUGGCAGGGCUGGUUUUCUGGAUUGUCGCAACGAUUCCUCUCCAUCCCGGAACCCAAGCUUUUACUGCUAGCCGGUGUGGACCGGUUAGACAAAGAUCUCACCAUUGGCCAAAUGCAAGGCAAAUUCCAGGUACAUGUCUUCCCUAAAUGCGGACAUGCAGUCCAAGAGGACGCACCAGAGAAAGUAGCUGAAUGUCUUGCAAAAUUCCUUGUUCGUAAUCGCUUGACAGAAGCCAGAUCAAAUUGUGGAAACUGAUCUCCUACCGUCACUUUCGUGCUUCAUCAUUAGUCGUUGUCAUGGGGAUGCUUGAUCUGUCCUGAGAUCGAAUUAUGGACCGCACUUUCUCCUGGAGCAUUCGCGACAUCCGUAUACAGCUAUAAUUUGUGAAAGCUACGAAGAAGUGACACGCCCCUGGGCUUGUUUUUGUACGCCCCAACUUUUAACGGAUUCACUGCCCUGGUGACCAAGCCAGCUACUUGUAAUCCCUGACCCACACACAACUCCCCCCGUCACACACACGCAACCCUCCUGCUCCAAGCACAAACCUCCAUUCAUCACUCCAUCUCCUCUUCAGAUUUUGAUAACCUAUUUUUGGUUCACCUCAAGGUUUGCCUGUUCCUAUCUUAGUUUCUGUGCUCUGUUUCGACCGGUACCAGUAACGUAUGAAACCUGUCUAGGCUAUCUCCUACUGCUUGAUUUUACUCCCCAUGUGUCCAUCUUUCGUUGCAUGUUGCCCAGUCCCUGUGUUACAACUCCGUGCACAACAUCCCCAUCUUCUGGUCGUCCACCUUGCUUUCCAUUAACCCCCCCUUCAUCUGCUGAAAGAGGGCCUCAUCCACUUCCUUCAGACUACACUGUUUCUCUCGUUGAUCCAUUGGAUAACGCUGACCUGUCCUCAUCGAUCACGCCUGAAAUCAGAUCUUUCUUGGUAAUGUAUCCGGUUUAUGCUGCAACUGACUUCUGUGAUGAGACAUCUCAACCUCCUUACUCAAUGGGCAUGCUGCCCUCCUAACUGACCCAUCUAGCACAUUUACCUAUCCGCUUUUUGAGAGGACUCGGUCGCUCACCUAUUGGCUCUUGGUAAGCAGGCACUCUCAUUCGUCACUCUUCACAUGCAUUGUCCGGUUUUCCGCAUUUGUAUUCCCUUAGAUCGACUGUUCCGAUAACUUCAGCCACACUGUGGUCAUGUGCGUUUCAGUCUAUGUAGCCCAUCGUCGUGGCGGGCGUGUGCGCAAAAGAAAAUCGUUGAACA